AUGGCUCCAUUCCUCCAAAAUGAAUUGCCUUUGAACGAGAACGAUUCACAAGAAAUGGUACUUCAUGAAGUUCUUAACGAGGCCAGUGCCCUCAGAAGCCCAGUUUUGCCCCGAAGAAACGCCGUCCAGGUGGCUCAUUCCAUAAAAAAGAAGCACUAUAGGGGCGUGAGGCGGCGUCCAUGGGGAAAAUACGCAGCAGAAAUUCGUGACUCCACCCGACAUGGUGCGCGUAUAUGGCUUGGAACUUUCGAAACUGCUGAAGAAGCUGCUUUGGCUUAUGAUAGUGCGGCGUUCAAGAUGAGAGGGUCUAAAGCUCUCCUUAAUUUUCCACCGGAUAUAGUAGUGGCUGCAGCAUCAACUCUUAGAGUAGAUGAACAGAAUUUAAGGACAAACGGCUGUUCUUCAAGUUCGAAUAGUGGAUCCAUUGAUCAUUCAACUGAUGAAAAGGAAAGGGUUUCGAUUACAUAG